UUCACCAAGCGAAAUUAUCUCGAUAAAGUAAUGAAUUAUCCAGAUUAACUGAAUAUCCCGUUUCACCACACCGAAUAUCUCGAUCUUUUAGUGUUAUCGAGAUAAAAUAUUUUAACCACCGAUUUUCGUGGUUAAAGUCUUAUUAUCGAGAUAAUAUUGUAAAACGAAGUGACGAGAGGAGAUUUUAAAAAUUGUAAUGGCUCGAGGCAUGUACAAUUUGAUUUUUGAAGAUGAAAGUGAUGAAGAAGAUGCCAUUGUUCGUCGGCCACGAUGGAUGCGAGAUAGAAGCGAUUAUUUUGAAAUGUAUGAUGAAGAAGACUUUAAAAUACAUUUUCGCCUUUCAAAACAGUCGACUAUGUUUGUUUUGGAACUUAUAGAAAAUCAACUACAGUUUCCCGAAAAGAAUAUGUCAGUGUCGCCAAUGAACCAACUGCUGGCUACACUUCGAUUUUAUGCUACAGGCUGUAACCAGCUAACCAUUGGGGAUUAUGCUGGCUUUAGUAAACCCACAGCUCACCGAAUAAUACAUAGGGUUAGCUCCGCAAUUGCAUCUCUUCGACCGCAAUUCAUUAAAUUCCCAGAGACGAUGGAAGAACUGAAUUUAGCACAAAGGGAUUUCUAUGCAAUUGCUAAAUUUCCCAGGGCUAUUGGUGCUAUGGAUUGCACUCAUGUAAAAAUCCAGUCACCAGGUGGAAACAAUGCAGAAUCCUACCGUAACAGAAAAGGUUACUUCUCUGUGAAUGUGCAAGUAAUUUGUAAUACAAAAUUGGAAAUUACAGAUAUUGUUGCACGAUGGCCUGGUUCCUCACAUGAUAGUACCAUAUUCAACAAUAGCAACAGAAGGGCAUGUUUUGAGAGAAGGGAGUAUGGUGAUUCUGUACUACUUGUUGAUGCGGGCUAUGCUUGUAGGUCAUAUCUAAUGCCUCCAUUAGAUAAUCCCAGAAGUCCACAGGAACACCUAUUUAAUGAGUCGCAAAUUAGGUCAAGAAAUCCUGUAGAGCGAACAUUCGGUUGCUGGAAGCGACGUUUCCCAGUCUUAUCUUUAGGAUUGAGAGUGUCAUUAGAACAUUCGUUUGCCAUCAUUGUAGCGACUGGGGUGCUGCAUAAUAUCCUGCGACAAACUGGGGAAGAAUUCCCUCCAGACGACCCUAACCUCAAUCUCCACCUCCCUUGGCAACAGUUGCUUGAGGAAGGAAAUGUACAGCAGAACAACGAAAAUGCAAACAGAAGGCCCAGAUAUGACAGUGUCAGGCAUUUACUGAUUGAAAACUAUUUCAGGAGUUUGUUGUAGGUCAUACUGAUCUAUAUGUCACACAGAGAUGCCAUCAACUUGAAGAUUUGCUGGUGAAAAUAACUACAUAUAGCAAGAUGUAUGGAAUAUUUUAAUACAUUUGCAUUGUACAACUGCUUAGAUCAUACAAAAUAAUGUGACAUAAGCGAACAUGUAUUAUCUUUUAUAUAAUUCUUAACAUUUGUACUUGAAACUGUUUGUUAAUAGGCACAAUGAAUAUCACUUUGUAAAUAUACAUGUAAUAUAUAACAAUUAUGUCAUGAUAGUUGAGCAAAUGUUUAAUACAUAAGAACAAUUAAAUUACUGCAAAUGUU